CAAACAUUCUGCUCUCUCUCCCAUUUUCCAGCCAGUGGUGGCUAUGAAAAUGAUCGGAAGCGACUACGUACUGGAAGCCCACAACAUUUUCCACACCACCGAGGUGGAUGGUGGUGGCUGUUUCAAUGGAGCCGGCAACUCGGCCCUGGUGCUCAAAGGUGUCAACCUCACGGUGCACAGUGGCGAAGUUAUGGCCAUUCUGGGUUCAAAAGGCAGUGGAAAACGAGCUCUUUUGGAUGUGAUUUCAAGACGCGCUGAUGGAGCCACUCGUGGUCAAGUCCUGCUCAAUGGAUCACCACUCUCCAAGGCCUUGUUCCAACAGCGUUGUGGUUACGUUACUCAGUCCUGCUCCUUUGUUCCAGGCCUGACAGUGGCCCAAACCCUUCACUACACGCCUACGAUAAUGAGUGGCUAUCUUAAGAGCUCCAAAGUCCGCCAAGUUUUGGCAGAUUUAGCCCUCUCACAAGUGGCCCACAAGCGAGUUGAGUAUCUGAACAUUAGCGAAGCCCGACGUCUGGCUAUUGGCAUUCAACUGGUCAGAGAUCCUGUCAUGCUCUUGCUGGAUGAGCCCACUCAUGGUUUGGACCCUUUGAGCGCCUACCUUCUGAUAUCAAUUCUCUCAAACACCGCCAAGAAAACCGGAUGCGGAAUUCUGCUUUCGUUGGAGAAACCCCGAUCUGAUGUAUUUCCUUUCCUGGAUCGUGCUCUGUUCCUCUGUUUGGGCGGAGUGGUGUACUCUGGUGGCACUCGUGCCAUGCUGGAGUACUUCCACGGCAUAGGAUUCCCCUGUCCCCAGCUGGAGAAUCCCCUGAUGUACUAUCUCUGCCUAUCCACUGUGGAUCGUCGUAGUAGGGAUCGAUUCUUGGAGUCAAGCCAGCAGAUUGAAGCUCUGGUGGAAAGAUUCUCGCGGGAGACACCUAUUUCAGAUGCCCCAUUAAAUAAUAUGGGUUCUGGGAAGGUGCCCCUAGCCUAUGGAAAACCAGGCGAGCUCAAGGUCUGGGUGAUGCUUUACUUAAAACUUCUAGCUUCCACAUUCUCCUGCGGCUUGGUGGGCAUGAAGACCCUAUUCCUGCGACUACUCCUCCUUCCUUUGGCCAUGAGCAUGCUCUGGGCUUUCUACAUAAAUGUGGGAGAUGAUUCUCAUGGUUUCUUCACCAGAAACGGAUUAAUAUUAAAUAUCUUGGGACUGUCUUAUGGCUGUGGAAUUUUAACAACCAUAUCACUAUUUCCCAUUUGGCGUAAAAAGUUUUCACAGGACACCCCUGAGGGUCUUUAUUCUGGCACAACUCUUCUCAUUGCCUACAACUCGGUUUCCAUACCUUUUUCUGCCAUUUCUGCAGUUAUAGCCAGCUGUGUGGUUUAUCCACUCCUGUUGGAUUCAAAGUAUAAUAAUGGCAUGGUUUUCGCCUAUUUGUUGGUGGCCCUUUGGUCGAGUUUCGUUCUGGCAGAGCAACUGUCGAUUACCUUCCUCCUGGUGGUUAAGGUUCCAUUUAAUGCUGCCAUUGCGGUAACCUACGUCCUCGUGAUUUGCAUCGCCCUGGCCAGUGGAACAGUGCGCUCCUUCAAGGGACUUCAGCCCUGGUUGCAGGACAAUACCAAGGGCACUCAUACCCGCUAUGCUUCCUCCUUGCUGCACAGCAUCGCCUUUCAGUCCCGAAAACUCAAUUGUACGCCCACGGCUUCCGUCAUUUGUCCCAAACCGGCGGACUUUAUGCACGAACGUCUGGGAUUACCGGAUCCGGAUGAAACCAUUGAUGUGGCUGCCUCCUGUGCUUUUGCCGUGGGCUUGGCUGCUUUCAACAUGCUCCUGUAUUUGUUUCCCAUGCCACGAUGUGUCCGUCAAAAGUUUAAGGACUAGUGUCUUGAUAUUAUC